UACAUGAUCUUGGUGUAUUGAAUCCUGAUGGUAUUGCUGUAGAUUGGGCUGGAAGGAACCUGUAUUGGUGUGAUAAAGGGUUAAAUGUCAUUGAAGUAUCAAGGCUUAAUGGAAGCUAUCGCAAGACAUUGAUCAAAGAGAACCUGGAUGAACCUAGAGCCAUUGCUCUCGAUAUCAUUAGAGGUGUCUUGUUUUGGACUGACUGGGGAUCUUCACCAUACAUUGGAAGAGCAAGUCUUGAUGGACGCCACUUCACAAGAUUGGUAACGGAGAAGAUUCAGUGGCCCAAUGCUCUAACGGUCGAUUACACGACCGAUAGAAUUUAUUGGGGAGAUGCACGGGAGGAUAGGAUAGAGUCUGUCUCUUGGAAUGGAACAAAUAGACAUACUGUGGUAGGAUCUAACGUCCCGCAUAUCUUUGCCAUGAGCAUGUUUGGCGAUUACAUCUACUGGACCGACUGGGACCAACGUAGGGUCAAGAGGGCUCACAAGUUCACUGGUCAAGAUCAGUUAGACCUGGUCCUAGUGGUACAUAGACCAAUGGAUAUUCAAGUCCUUCAUCCUCUUCGUCAACCCCGAAUUGAGAACAAUCCUUGUGGUAAGAGCAACGGCGGCUGUUCAAACCUGUGUCUUCUGAAUCAAGACGGCGGAAGGACGUGUGCGUGUCCUAAUAAUUUCUACCUUGCUUCCGAUGGAAGGACAUGUGUAUCGAACUGUACUGGAAGUCAGUUUGUGUGUGGGAAUGAUAAGUGUAUUCCGUCGUGGUGGCAUUGCGAUCAAGAGGAUGACUGUGGUGACGGAUCGGAUGAACCUGAUAACUGCCGUCCAUUCUAUUGCACACCUGGUCAGUUUCAGUGUCAGAAUGCAUCUGAAGCUGAUAAUGAAUGUAUCAAUCCUGCAUUCAUAUGUGAUGGUGAGAAGGACUGCAGAGAUGGAUCAGAUGAAAUGCGCUGCUUGAAUCAUACAUGUCUGCAGAAUCAGAUCAAAUGUGAGAGAAGCAACAUAUGCAUUCCCAAAUCCUUCCAGUGUGAUGGCAUCAAUCAUUGUGAACAUGGGGAAGAUGAAGCUAUGUGUGAUCAAGUUCAGUGCCGAGAUGAUCAGUUUCGGUGUAAUGCAACAGGUCGUUGCAUACCUGAAGUAUGGCGUUGUGAUGGUGAAGAUGAUUGUGAGGACCGAUCGGAUGAGUUGGGGACAUGCCUAAAUCGUUCAUGUCCUGUGAAUGAGUUUGCCUGUCAUGGUAACGGUCGUUGCAUACCACAGAGAUGGCAGUGCGAUGGUGAGCGAGAUUGUGCUGAUGGCUCAGAUGAAAAACCUCAAGAUUGUUCCAAUCGUUCCUGCCCUGGAGAUUUGUUCCGCUGCAAGAAUUAUAACUGUAUCCCUAUUCUAUGGAGAUGUGAUGGAGACAACGAUUGUGGAGACGACUCGGAUGAAGAUGGCUGCAAUACGUCAUGUGAGAAGGAUGCAUUCCGUUGUGAUGAUGGUCAAUGCAUCACCAAGAAUCUGACGUGUAAUGGUAAACCAGAUUGCCAGGAUGGAUCAGAUGAACAACAAGCCCUUUGUCAGGAAGACUGUGCCGAGACUGAAUUUAAGUGUCGCGAUGGUCGUUGUAUUUGGUGGCGCUGGAAUUGUGAUGGUGAUCCGGAUUGUAAUGAUGAAUCAGAUGAGGAGGGUUGUGAGAAUGUUUCAUGUCUUCAAGAUGAGUUUCAUUGUACUAACAACAAAUGUAAGCCUUUAAUGUGGAGAUGCGACGGAGAAGAUGAUUGUGGAGAUAACUCUGAUGAAGAUCCUCAACUCUGUGCACGCCUAAGUUGUCCUGUUACCAAGUAUCGAUGUUCUAAUCACAUCUGCAUCAAUCAGCGCUUUGUAUGUGAUGGUAUCAACAACUGCGGAGACAAUAGUGAUGAGUUGUUUUGUACUCCGACUGAUCCUCCUUUGUGUACUGCCAACCAAUUCAAAUGUAAGAAUCACCGUUGUAUAGAUGUCAAUUUGCUCUGUAAUGGAGUGGAUAAUUGCCAGGAUCGUUCAGAUGAAGCAGACUGCACCAAAAAUCCUUCAUGUCACAGUGGAGCCAUUCAGUGUGCUCAUCAGUGUUCUUAUGUAGGUGGGGUGCAUUACUGUACCUGUCAUCCAGGAUAUGAGCUACUCGCUGAUGGGGUAUCAUGUGCAGAUGUGAAUGAAUGCGCUGAGUUUGGUACGUGUACCCAGACCUGUGAGAACCUGAAUGGAUCUUAUAGCUGCUCCUGUGUUAAAGGCUAUAAACAGCUUAGGAUCAAUGGAUCAAUUCAUUGUGAAGCAAUAGGUGGUCCUCCUGUUCUAUACAUAGCUGAAGAAGGCAGACUUCGUCACAUGAAUACAUCAGGUCCACCGUCACCUUACCAAACAGAUGCAAGUGUAGACGCUGGGACAAGAAUAAUCUCUAUGGAUAUGCAUUACAGUGAGAAGAAAGUCUUCAUCCUAUCGGGCUACAAUACGUCGGGGUAUCGUCUAUAUCAAAUACCACUUCAUAAUGAUGCAGCAAGGAAGAAGAGAGACACGGAAGAAGAAGAUCCAAUUGUUGAGCUGUUUGAGUUGGACCAACCAGAGGGCAUUGCCGUUGACUGGAUCAGUGACAUGAUAUACUGGACGGAUAGCUCGGUUCAUUCAUUAGAGGUGGCCAAUCUGGAUGGUUCACUAAGAAAAACAUUGAUAUCAAAUGCAAGAACACAUCCACAGUCCAUUGUUGUGCAUCCAAAGAAAGGUGUGCUGUUCUUCAGUAACUGGGGAAAGAGACCCGCUAUUAACAAGGCACACAUGGACGGGACUCACCUAGAAACGAUAGUAGAGGAGAAUCUAGCCCAGCCGACAAGCAUUGCUAUUGAUUAUGUAAGCGAGAGACUGUAUUGGGCGGACAGCAAGAUGAGACUGAUUGAGAGCUCUGAUUUGGAUGGCGGAGACCGAGUUCCAGUGGUUACGUUCCCUCAUACUGGUGGUUCCCCUUUCUCCAUUGAUAUCUUUGAGGAUCGUAUCUACGGCUCCACCAAGAAUCCUUACCAACUCUUCAGAGUAGGAAAGUUUGGUCAUCAGAGUACUGAUAGAAAGAGACUCACUUAUCUUACUCAACAAAGACCAAAAACAUCCAUGGUAAAAAUUGUCCAUCAACAAAAACAGGACACAGGUAUCGUCAAUCCGUGUGAUAACCAGACAUACUCUUCCAAUCAGCUAUGUCUGCUAACUCCAUUUGGUCCCUCGUCUGUUUGUAAGGAAGGCUAUGAGCAUGAUGGGAUAUCAGGUUGCAUACCAGUACAAGAUAACUCUCCUUGUGCCAGCCAUGUUUGUGCUAAUAAUGGAAACUGUGUUGAAGUCAAUGGAAGAGCAAAGUGCAGAUGUCAAGUUCCAUACAGUGGGGAGCAUUGUGAGCGUAAUCGGUGCCAUUCCCGUUGUCAAAAUAAUGGAACGUGUACGUAUGAAUCUCCUGGAAUGUUACACUGUGCUUGUACUCCGCGAUGGAAAGGGCCAUUUUGCACGGAGGACAGGUGCCGUACGUACUGCAAUGGUCGUGGCCAAUGCUUUGAGAAUGGUAACACAUUAGCAUGUCGAUGUCAUCAACCAUGGAGUGGUGAUCAAUGCAAUGAUCACAUCUGUGACUCAUAUUGCCGUAAUGGAGGAACAUGUUCAAUAGAUGAUAAUGGUAACCCGCAGUGCUUAUGUCCUAAAGAAUUCACUGGUACCCAGUGCGAUGGUGACGACUGUCAUGAAUUCUGUUCUCCGGGCAGCAAGUGUCAACAAAUAGGUACGACUAUUCAGUGUAUUUGUUCUUCGGCUCGUUAUACUGGUCAGCGAUGUGAAGAGGAUAGAUGUCAUGAUUGCAGUAAACUCAAUCAAUCAUGCGCUGUCUUGACCGAUAGUGUUGAAUGCAGAGAUCAUGGUGAUGGGCAUCCAAGCACAAACUCACAGUCAUCACAAGUGGCAGUGGCAGCUGUAGUGCCCAUCCUCAUCAUCUUAUUCAUUCUUGUGGUUCUUGUUUUAAUAUACUUAAAACGAAGACAAAGGUCAACGAGCGGUUUUGCUCAUCGUCGAAUAGAAAGCGAGGAGGAUAUGGAGUUUGGAAACCCAACAUUCAAAUACUCGCGUCAGUUGAAUGAAGAAGAUGAAGGGGAAGCAAUGGAUGCCCCAUUCACAUUACGUGAUCACAAGGCAAGAACCAACCUUACAAACCCGAUGUACAGCUCGUAUCUCAACCAAAGAGGCUCUGAACUCAGCUUAGAAAACAAAAAGUUUGUUGACCUACCAGAGCGAGAUACAGAGAGACUUCUUCAGGAUGAUGGAGACGAUGACUGAAGCCCGAUAGGGGGCGUCGUUUAACUCAGCUGAAAUACAAACAACUCUCCCGCUCUCCGCAAUGCCACCAAGACUUUCAGUUCAAUGCGAAUUGAGCUAUUUUUUUAAUUUUUGCAUUGCAUUCUGACGAAUGGGAUCUUCAUUGCUAUGUUUUUCAUUGAUGUGUUAUCCCAAGGGGAGUGUUUCACAAAGGGAAAAGCCGAUUUAAAGUUAUGCUUAAGAAACAAUGUGCAUAUGGUAUUUAUUGCAUGAUUUCAUUGUUUAUUACUUGGUAGAGCGUGUCCCGUGAUCAUGAUCUCAACGAUGCGGUGAUAGAGUCUCUAUGACACAGAAAUGUAAGUGUGAUUUUUAGUCACACUUGAACCUAUGUGAAACACCUCCGGGCUUCAGAGAUGGUAUUAUUGUUAAUCCAAAGUCAAUAUUACAGUAUUUGCAUGUAAAACUCUACUUAAAUUUUGUACUAUAUAUAUGAAAUCAACAGCAACGUAUUCAUUAAAUGUACACCAAAGAAGUGUGCAUUUGAUUUUCUGCUAAAGCAUUUAAAAAAAUGAUUUUUAUUCAUAAGUUAUUAUGCCAAUAUCAUAUUAUAUUAUAGUGUAAGAUGUAUCAAUAUAAGCUUUAAGGAUUACUAAUAAAAACUAAAAAGAAUGAUAUGUAUCAAAUAGUGGAUGAUUCAUAAGAAUAAUUUUUAAUUUUCAUUCAAAUGCAGACCUCUAGACACAGUAAGAAAUCUCUUUUUUAUUAUGGAAAUGUGGCUGUGGUAACAGCUUUAUGUUUAUAUUUUUUAAAAAUAUACGGGUAGACUUAUAUUUUUACAUUACUUUUAUUUAAAAAAGAAAGAUGGGAAAUUUAUGCUUAUACACUGGUUUUCGAGUCUUUUUUAUGAAUUUGAAUAUGUAGGUCUAAGGUUUGAUUGUUUCCAUGCCUGUUUCUGAAAACAUUUUGCAAUUUUAAAAUUCAAAAUUAUUCUUAUUUUCUUGGAGAAUGAAGCCAUACUUCUACGCCCUUUAUCACAAGCAGAAAAAUCUAAAUACGCAUUUCAAUGAAAGUUUAAAGAAAAAACAAAGUAAUAUCCAGGUAUAAAUAUUUAUUUGUUGCCACAGCGGGUGCUAUUGAUCGUUCGAAAUCAAGUCAUGGUCUGUAAUGUAUUCUGUGGAGAUUGCUGGAGCCCUACGCAAGGACAUGUUUGCUUUAACGGUUCAAAUACACUUUUGUGAAAUAGCACUAAUUUAUACUUUCAGUUUCAGUUGUCGAACCCUACAUUGACAAAUAAAAAUCCAUUAUUUCUGUAUAAUAUAUGAAAAUUUUUUUUUCCAAUUCCAGAGAUCCAUUUAUUUAAACACAAAAUUCUGAUUGUUAAUAAUGCACUGAAACCUGGAAUAAAAUUUUGGGGAGUGUUUCAUUAAAAAGGAAUUGUCGGAUGUUUCAUCCCGCAAGUCCCAUUUUAUCUGACAUUUACCAAGCUAACACGGCUUCGUAGCCAAUCAAAAUCAAGGAAAAUUGACAGAUCUGACAACUUGUUGGACAAAAAUGUUGAUGAAAUGCUGCCCUGAGCUGACUCCAGUUUUUAAAGCAUCAAAACUUAUAUUUUAGUUCCGCCUAUUUUUCUUCCAACUUUUGACUUAUUGAUUCUAAUAUUUUCUGCUUCGGAUAGCGGGUAUAGACGUCUGUGGUUUCAUUCUCUUUUUAACAUCAUGGAUCGUGCUAAAAAAUGGAAGAGAUUCAAUAAUGUUUUUGAAUUAGUCAUUUUAAUUUUUUUAAUUUGAGGCACGUCAAGGUAGUCUAAGUCAAAUUAUGCUCCCAAAGAGGACAAAAUCUUGCCUGGAACUUUUUUCCUGUUUUUAUAAAAAAAAUCAUGCUUACUUGAAAUUCAGCAUUAUUAAUCACUAAAAGUACUCAAAUUGUCCUUAAUC